UGCUGUUUUUUCUUUCUCCCAGGCCUUCUCCCGAGUGAAGAUCUUCGCAAGGUUGAGUAGAACGGUUGUGUUUCUUAAUUGGGUCUUUCAGAAUUUUGCUUUUUUAUCUUGUGCUGUGUGUGUGAUUUGUGCUCAUCGGAUUGUCUCGAAAUCGUUUCCUGGAACAAUUGAGCUGACGUUGAGGAAUGAAUGGGGCUAAUGCAUCCGACUCUUGGUCUCUAGCGAAUUCACCGGACGAGAGUCUUCCGGUUCAGAACGUGUAUGUCCCAGCAGGUCGUGGAGCAGCGGCGCAGAUGAGCCCAAGUGACUCUAAGUUGCCUCCGGAAACGGGUUCUCAGGGUCCUGUGGCACCAGAGUAUGUGCCGUCGUCGGCAUCCCAUCCAUACUGGACCCCGGCUCAGGCGACGUACGCGUCGAUGGCUCCUAUGUUUGAUGCUUCGUACGCGAAUUAUCCUCCGGUGCCAUCGUCUGUAACAUAUGCUGCUGCUGCCGCUGACCUUCAACGGCAGCAACAGCAGCAGCAGCAACCAUCCCGAUCGCCAGCGUCUGCCAGUCGUGCACAGGGUCAUCUGUUGCACGGCGAACAGCAGCACGAACAUUCAAACAUGGCAUUUGCCGGUGUGGUUCCCGAAUAUGACCAACAACAACAACAACAACAACAGCAGCAGCAGCAGCAACAACAAACACAUCGUGAAGCAGUUGCUGCUGCUGCCACCAGUCUCACCAAACCUAGUGAAGCCGCUGCUGCUUCAUACCCCGCAGGUGUGACAUCCCCCUCGUCCAUGCCAUCCGCAGCUGCAGCACAAUAUGUGGCUCACAGCCGUCCCGUUGUUAGUGGGCAUGGAACUGCCUCGUCGGCAUAUGCUGCCAACUACGAUUUGGCUAGUGCUGCUGCAGGUUUUCCUGUACAGUCUCAACCCGUACAAAAUUACCACACACCAACGGCUGGUGUGCUCAGUCCAUCCGGCAACGAAACCGCCAAGGAGGUCUUCUCGAGCCCGUAUGACACGUCUGCUCUGGGCACUCCCUCCUCUUCCUACCCAGCAAACCGGAUGAACGCCCGCAUGCCUUCAAACUAUCCUCAGCAUUCGACGUCUCUUGACAACUAUGCUUCGCCGGGCUCUCCCCAAUACCGCUAUUAUACGGGACAAAGCCUUGACAGUCGCACGGGCGGACGCGCGUUCGGCUCGAUUUCUGUCGAUAGUUCUACCUUGGGCCAAAAACGCAAGUUUGAAGCUGUGAUGGGACAAUCAGAGUCUGCCGCAUAUGCUGCAGGCAAUGGUGCUCCCAGCAAUGGCGCCAACGCCCUGCCUCCUACAGCUAGUCCGUCCGCGGCUGGCCUCGUUGGUGCAGAUAAAACUUCAAUGUACAACUCAUCCGGGCGUAUGAAUACCUCAUUACCCUCCUCCUCCGUCGCCGCUGGUAACAUGAACCAACAUUCUUUGCCGGAAUCCGCCUCAGACGCUGCUGCUCCGGCAAGAUCCACUAAAAGUGACAGCCCGAAUAACAAGGUCGAUUCCCCCAGCGCCACGGAAACCAACAAAAAGUCUAGUCAUAAUAUCGUGGAACGACGCUACCGUUCCAACCUUAACGACAAAAUAUCCGAAUUACGAGACGCCGUUCCUUCCUUGCGUGCCGUUGUUUACGGCUCAGCGUUUGAUCCAGACAAAAAGGAUGCUACGCCGACCUUUGUUGCCCGCAAGAUUAAUAAGGCAACUGUCUUAACCAAGGCUACCGAGUACAUCAAAUUCCUUGAAAACAAAAAUCAAGAGCUACUCACCGAAAACUUAACGCUGCAGUCCCGGUUGUCAGACUGCAGCUCGGCUUUACAGGCGGCCACACGUGCCGCCAACCAAGUCAAACGAGAGUCUGUUGUUUAUGGCCAGCAGGCUCCAACUUCUGCCCCAUAUCCAACUGGUGUUGCUGCAAACCAAGUAGCCAUGCAGCACGUCGAUGAGCGUGGGGCUCCAAUUCCUUCUGGCUCUUGGAAUUGGCAAGCUGCUGCAGCUGCCGCCGCAGCGGCAAAUGCGAAUCCUGCCCUAUCAUCGUACCCACAAGCAGGUUCUGUUAUGGGACAAGAACGGCAGGUUAUGUCUACGAGGCAAACUUCUUCAGACGUAGUUCCUUCUGGUGCUACGGCGACAAGAACAGCCUUAAUGCAUAAUGGACAGCAGCCCAUUCACGGAGACAAUCAUGACGCCGGUGCCAUGGUCGGUGCUGGCGGAGGAGUACUAAACGAACUGCCUAUGAAUCCGGCUGCCGUAACUUCUUCCGUAAACUCUCUCAACAAUCCAUACACAGGACUGACGAAAACUUUUUUGGGAGGACUGGCUGGUGUGGAAACGCUGAACCUUUUAACAAAUCCCGACAAGGCAGCUUCCUCUGAUACCUUUGCUAUGUUUUUCCUCCCAAUUCCUUCUUCUCUGUUUCUCAUUCUACGAAUCAUAUUUAUAAGUUUUACGUGUGUUUCACUCUACUUUCUUCACGUUGAUCAUGCCAAGCACACAAAGAAGAAUGACAGCGACGACACACACCUCCUCUCGACGUACAUUUACAAUCCAGUUCGGGGCAUGUUCCGUGUACUUUACCGAAUGAUGUCUUCUUCAGGUGCGUUUGCCAUUUCUGCCUUUAUGUUUAUAUUUCGCGUUAUCGUGUUUUUGUGUGCGUUAGCCAAAUCCGCAAUUUUCUUGCUUCCGCCGUUUCGCAACAUAAAAGUGACACCCGUGUUGCCGGUCUCGAAGCGUUUGGAUCGUUCAAAAAUGCACAAGUCGUACUUGUUUGCCGAACUCGUUCAGCUUGGGUCGGAAGCAGUAACCAAGCAAAAGGUGGUGACCUGUUCGCUACUAUGUUUUCUUUCCUUUGAAGACUGGUUGCCUCGUUCCUUGCUUUGUAAGCUACUUGCCCAUUCCUGGGAAUGGACAAAACACAUGUCUGAUCUCGCUCCUGAUGAUCCGGUAGCCGAAGCAAGUUGGCCUGCAAAUGCAAGCAAGUUCUUAAAUGCGGUUGACCCAUUCUCUUUCUUGGAGGAUGAACAUCUUGGCUACAUUCGUUCCAUCUUUCAAAGCGGGUGUAUUGCCCGUGUAUCUUCGAAGGAACGUUUUUGUCAGGUUGCACAGAGUUAUGCCAUGUAUGUGAUUAAUGCGAGUCAAAAGGAGAUUCGGGGCGAUUGCCCGACGUCUCUCAUGCGUCGUUUGUUACUGUCUCAGCGGUUGCACGCUUGUCUGAGUUUUCUUCGCCCCGAUACUCAAUUGUACAAGCAGUGUUAUGUUGCGAAGACCAGUUUGUUUGAACGGUAUAGACCUUGCCAACAGGUAAGCUGCUGAGCUCCUUCAUUGCACUUUUGUCUUUUUUCCUUAUGAAUGCUUAUGCACGUACACGUCUUAUACUCUCUCACACACAUACUUACACGCUUUUUCUCUUAUGCACGCACAUACACACGUUCACUGACGCUCAUACGUACGAACUUUUUUUGCAACUCACGUGUUUACGUACCAAAUUUUGAGAACUUAUUUAUUUAUUUAUUUAUUUGUUAAGUUUCUACGCCUGACUUGAUGGCCAUGUUGGCAAUGAUGCAUCAUCGCACGAGUAUGAAUACGCUUCAGUUUUGCUGCUAGCGACUUUCUUAUUUUUACAUUACCGAUUGUUUUGUUUUGAUGAAAAUUGUCUCGUCCAUACUUCCGUUCCUGAUGAUGGAAACAUUCAUUGUUUAUUUACCAGUAUGUAGUGUAAGCCGACCGUUAUUCCACCGGGCGCACUUCAUACCUUGAGAAGUCUCUCGUUCUGUUUCUCCAAAACAUGCGUCCUUUUUGAUUAGGAUACCAUGUCUCACAUGUGUAGCAUCUUUGAUAUCCUCAGCAAUGAGGAUACUAAGAACAUUGCAGUGUAGGUUUCCCCCAUUACAACGAGUCUAUCACACAUUAACCGUGAGUACGUAGAUUCAUACCAAUUAUUGAAACCAUCGCUGCACGCACUGUGUUUUCGCUCUCUCUUUCUCUUUUUAUUUUCACUCGUUCUUUCUACGGCAUCCAUUAUUGGUAAGGUGUGUAAAUAAAAUGCCAAGCUGAAUACUGCCGGUUUUUACCAGUUGUUAUUUUUAUUGCUAAAGGAUUUAGUGAGGGAACUUCGAAACAGAGAGUAUUAUUGGUGAAUGUAAUCAACUAAGAUGGAAGGCUCGAGUAGAAGAGCGAGAGUUCCGAGAAGACUAAGGAGUGUUGUUUCAGUCUACCGGAUGCCGCAGCUCUUCUAUGCUUUUGUGCAAUUGGAACUAUACUGUGUCUUGGCCUCUCAAGCUAACAAAUCUAUUAACACAAGUGAUCUUGAAAUGGUUGUGCGAGAGAUUCUAAGCUGUAACAUCUUGAAACUCAUGAAUCACAUGGUCGGCGCGCUCCAUCUUGUCAUUGAUGAAUGCCCAACGCUUCAGGGUAUUUUCAACGAGACCAUCUGCACGGGGAAGCAGAUUUUUGCCGACAAGUUUGGGAGCGUACAGGUAAGGGAUAAUCAGCGGGUGAGGAAGACACGUAAAACAGAGAACAAAAACAAACUGCAAGUUUGCGUUGUGUGGAUAUAAUUGAGGAGGAGAAAGCAUGAUUUGUUCUAUGCGUGAAAAAUCAAAAGAGGUAUUCAGUUCAAUUCGAUUAAUAACUGUGUCAGUGUCCUCGUCAAGUACGACGCUUGUGUUUUUAACUGUAAGAGGAACUGCUUUAGCACCCUGUUUUUUUAACCGUUCAAUUUCCUCAGCAAUCUUUUUAGCCAUCCAUUCUUUCGCAACAAGGUCAAGUGUAAAGUUAUCUGUGUCCGUAGCGCUCGCUGACUGAGUUUGUUCCUGGUUUGACAUACUGAAAGCCUAAAUUUUAGUAUAAGUAACGUUUAGCAAACGUUGUUGAUGGCGGAAGAAAAACGAGAGAAAACGAAGAAAAAAUAUGCAAACGAAGGAUUUAGAAAUGUGGGCAUUCACAUAAAAGAGAGAUGACCCGUUGUGGUUGCUGUUGUUAAAAUAAAUAGAAUAUAGACGUAUAGGAAUGAUUUGUGAGGAAGACAGCGGACGUGGGAUGUAGUACGGAAAUACUGGAUAAGUAAAGACUAUAGGUAUAUCGAAGUCAAUAACAUCUAGCUUAAUCGAGUGCCUGCAUUUUUCGAUCAUGUACAAA